AUGGGGCGAGGAAAGAGGCGGGGUGGGCGGAGGGGCGAGCGGGACAGGGCGGAGGAGUGGGGUGGCGGCGGAGGGGAGGGGCUGAGAAUGGUGAGCUGCUGGUGGGGCCAAAGGAGGGCGUCCGCUUCAGCACCGCGGACAGCGGCCGGGCAGCGGGGCCGCGAGCUCCUGGUUCCAGCAGAUACUGGAUUUUCCGCGCCCUCCGACGCGGUUUUUCUGGUAGUGAUCCGGCACCUUCCUCCCAGCCUCACCAAGGAGCAGCUGGAAGAGCAGCUACACCCGCUGCCUGCACACGAUUACUUUGAGUUCUUUACUGCAGAUCUCAGUCUUUAUCCUCAUCUCUAUUCAAGAGCAUACAUUAAUUUUAGAAAUCUUGAAGACAUCUUUCUUUUUAGAGAUAAUUUUGAUGAAUAUAUCUUCAUUGACAAUAAAGUUUGGGUCAUUGGCCUAGAAUACCUGGAACUGGUAGAGUUGGCUCCAUUCCAGAAGAUAGCCAAAAGGAAGCUAAAGAAAAAAGAUGCCAAAACAGGAAGCAUUGAAGAUGAUGUAGAAUAUAAGAAGUUUUUAGAAACUUACUGUGUGGAGGAAGAGAAAACUAGUGCCAAUCCCGAAACUCUUCUGGGAGACAUAGAGGCAAAGACAAGAGAACUUAUUGUGUCUCCUUUCCUGUCUGACUCCACUGGGUGCCAGGCCGGCCCCCAAGGCCCCGGCUAUGCUCACCCAUGA